GUUGUUGCAUCUUUUGUCUGCAGGCUCAUGGCUUUGAAAUGUUGUGCUCCAAGAGCAGUAAAGUGGCUCCUGAUGCCAAGAGAAACGUGUUAAGGGGUCCUCUGUGGGAGAGAUUCCUCAGGAGCUUGAAGGAGAAGGAUUAUUUCAAGGGAGAAAUGGAAGGAUCAGCCAAGUACCUGGAGCUGUUGCACAUGGCAGAAGAUCACUUCCAGCAAUCUGUUGCAGUGCCAGAAAGCUGUGAUGAAGUGAGCCCAGGUGAUGAAAUCCUGGCACUACUACAGACAACCCCCAUUGAUCUGAAGGAAUUGGAGAGAGAAGCAGCUUGUCUUCCUGCAGAGGAUGAUGACAGCUGGCUGGAUAUUACACCAGGUGCUCUGGAUCAGAUGCUGAAGGAGACAAGAAAUGAGUCCCUUCCUUCCCCAAAAGAGGAGGAGCAAAACUAUGACUUGGAAACAGUUGCUGAGAGCAUGAAGGCUUUUGUGUCCAAAGUGUCCACGCAGGAAGGAGCAGAAAUGCCAUGGUCAUCUGAUGAAUCCCAAGUUACCUUUGAUGUGUGGAUUCUUUUACCAAAGCUCUGGACAGAAUUUUAGGGGCAGACUCAGAGGAGCUGGAUUCUGAUGAUGUGGAUGAGGAGGAGGAGUUUGGUUUCUCAGAUGAGGAUGAUGAAGAGCUGGAUGCUGGGAAUGGAAGGCAGGAGCAGAAGGUGUCUCCUGAGGAGCUCGUGGGCAGUCUCAAGGCGUACAUGGAGGAGAUGGACCGUGAGCUGGCACAGAGCAACGUUGGGAAAAGUUUCAGCAGCCACAAGAGAGGGGCAAGUUCUGCUGGAGCAGCCCCAUGUGAGAGUGCUGGCCCUGACUGUGGAGCUGAGGCUGCUGAGCUGGCAGCCCUGGAUGUGGACAUGAACCUGGUGGCAAACCUGCUCGAGUCCUACAGUGCCCAGGCUGGCCUGGCAGGACCCACCUCGAGCAUUUUACAGAGCCUGGGGGUGAAUUUACCUGAGAGCUCAGAGCUCACUGGCAGCUGAGCAAGGCAGGGAGAGCCUUGGCACCAGACAUGGCUGCUGGGGAGAUGGAGCACAGACACACGAGCAGGAUGGGGGAGAAGAGGCCAAAGGUUUGAAUUUGGAGCAUCCUGUUCAUUAUGUGUCACUUCAGCAGAGUGAAUUCACCUGCAAAAGCUUCUGUUUGCACACUGUCUUGGGUGGAAAUGAGAUUCUCCCUGUGCUGACACAAUUUCAGAAAACUGAAAAAUUAUGUCAAAUGAAUGACCGAAAUCUCUGCCCAUUUUCUUUUAUUACAACACCUCUCUCCCAUUUUUCCUUUCAGUGAUCCAAUUUGCCACAUUUCUAAAAUGUCCUUUUACCCAUUGCUGAGUGGGUUCAAUAUCUGGGGAGCAGUUCUUGUUCUGAAAAUGCUGCUGCCUUCAGGGGCAGGUGGGGAAAUACCACAUUGCAGGAAGAGUAAUUGGAUCAAUUGUGCAAAUAUUGGCCAGAAGUAUUUUUUAAUUUUAUUUCAAUAAAAACAAAAAUUACAACUUGA